GAAAAAUGAUAUUUUUAAAAAUACGACUAUAGAAAAACAGUCACGAUGAAGUUAGUACUUUUCCUUGUUCUUCUUGUCAACCCUAGUACUAAUGCAGCUGAUCAACUUAAUGUCUAUACAAGACAAGGGUUUAGUGAUGAAUCGAAACCUGAACAAUUUCGGACUUUGUUUAAUCGAAAUCAAAAUGAGUUCAGACGAUUGGGAGAUACACCAGGAUUAAUGUCAGCUAAGGUUCAAAGAUGGAUGAAAAGUUAUCAGGAUAUUUUGGGUUCCAGGGUUCCUUCAAAUUCCCCGGAAACGGAACCAUCAACAGUUACACAAGUGUCUAAUACAAAUCUUAAGGACGCUUCCAAAAAUACGAAUAGAGCCGGAUCUAACUCUCUCCUUGGAAAUUUCUUUAAGGAUAUUAUUCCAUACUUUACGAGAGAUACUGUUGAUCCUAAAGAUGACAUUGAGACAGAUGAUAGUUACGCUGAGGACACAUCUGAACUGAUCUCUGACGCAAUUGAUGAAACUGAAGAUGCGUACACAAGGACUGAAGAUGCGUAUACAAGGACUGAAGGGGAGGGGAUUCAAAGACGAAUUGGAAUUGAUAGCCUCAGGAGUUCUGGAGAGUUUAGAAGAGAGCGUCGCAGAAAAGGCUCAAGAAAAGACGACCUUUCAAACCCUACAAUUGAUUUUGUGAAACCUAUCCUAGAAGUGAGUCCAGUCUACGAUGAAACUGCGAAUCUAAAAAGUUUCUGUCGCGAAGUGAUUACUCGAAUAUCAGAUAGUUUGUCAAAAGACCAGUUUAAACGUGUCGCCAUGUACCAACAAAUCUGGUAUCUGGUCUCUAAAUAUCAGAUAACUGUCGAGAAUCCAUCCGACGACAUUGUUGUGAUUGUCGACGCGUUGUGUAAAAACCACGAAAGUUUAGUCGAUCAGACCAACUUGAUCGACGUCGACAGAAGUCCGGAAGUUAAUAUUUUCGACGACAUGAACGAUCUACCGUUUCUUUACGGAUUUGAGAACGUGAACACAGAAACUAUUCUGGAAAUGAGAAAAACAACGGAACUACCGUUAAAGUCUCCGGAACUUCCGUUGAAGUCUCUCCAAGGUUCGGCUGAAACUAAAAGCCUCGAGCCUCUAAAAACAAGUGACAAUGUUCUCGAAUUCCAACAAACACACUCGUUGCCCACAAUUCGAAAGUUAGUUGAUUUACCCUACCGGACACCCUUCUACCCUGCUCGGGAAAAGGAAACCAAGAAAGAGAGUUCAACGUCUGGAGAAUUCAAUUUUGCUCCGGAAAUGGUAAACCGGAAGUCAGCUGAUGCAAGGAUAAAUCCUAAGGAUUAUCAGACGAAGGAAAUAACCAACGAGAGGCAGUAUUUUGUAAACCAACCAACCGGCCUUCAGUUUCCUGGGCCAGGACCUACUAACCAGCAAUAUCAUGAGAUCGGACCUACUAACCAGCAGUAUCAUGAGAUCGGACCUACUAACCAGCAGUAUCAUGAGAUCGGACCUACUAACCAGCAGUAUCAAGAGACCGGACCUACUAACCAGCAGUAUCCUGAAGCUGGACCAACUAUUGUGCAGUAUUCUGGUGCUGGGCAAACAAACCUAAAGUAUCCUAGAGUUGUUGCUUACACGCCAACCAAAGAAGAGGCCAAACAAUCUAGAGGGACUGAAGCUCUUGUUCUUGAAUCUAAAUACCCUGAAGAUGAGAAGAAUGAAAAAAUUAAACCUGCUUAUAUUGAGCAUCUAGAAAAGUAUAUGGAAAGACCAGACUUCCAAAAGCCCCGAAAAGUUGUCAAUGACGACAUUAUUGAAGACAACUUGAUGAGGAUGAACGAUAUAAUAACAGUUGCUGGAAGUGGAGUUGGGCAGGGAGAUGUUGCCGGGUCCCCCUAUUUAGAGCCGGAGGAGAAUAUGGGCAUGUUUACUCUUGGACCAAGCAAAUCUGAUCCCUUCCAGCUUCACCUGGAGGAUGGAAAUAUUCCUGUUAUUCAGAUUGAUGUUGACCCUUACCAGAUGCCUGGUGUUGUUACUCCUGGAUUAUCUGGGGAUAUAAUCACUGCUAAACCAUACCUGGAGAUUAAACCCAACCUAAACCCAGGUGUUCCUGGAUAUAAUAAUGCUGGAGUAGGAUAUCCUUCUCAAGAUGGAUAUCCGGAUCCUACUGCACAGGAUAUAUAUGUAUCCUCAAGCUUAAGUUUUGGAGAAUCCGGUAAACGCGAAGUACCCGGCAGUGAAAAUACCGGAAGUGUUCUCAGAAAAUCCGGAAAGAAGAUUGAUGUUGAUCCGCCAAAGUUUCGAAAGGGAAUGGUGGAAAAUAUCCCCCUACCUACCUAUCCACCAAUCGUCAAAACUUCAAAACUUAAAUUCGUAACUUCGGUAGUGAACAACCAGCAAGAAGGCCCAAGUACCGAUCUUUUUCUACCGUCGCCUUCUGCAGAUGGUUCUAACUAUCCAACCAUUUCAACAUAUCCAAAUCCAGUCCAAACCUCAGGACAAAGUAGAGAGAAUAUAGAUGAACAGCAAGGUGAACCAACAAGAUCACAAGAACAAUAUACAAAAGAAGCGGCAAACUUUAUGCAAAAUCGCCUAAUUAUUGGCCCGCCGGAUAACCGCCGAAAUCUAGGAGGUCCAGAGAAACGUGUUCUAGUGGGUGGGUUCUACCCUGCUGCAGAUAUCUACCAGCAACCUGAACCUACAGGUCUAGAAGUAGACCGGGAGUAUGGAUAUGACAUUCAGGAAUCAUAUGACAAUCAUAAGAUGGAUAAUAUCGAGAAUAUUGAUGGUUAUAUUGACACUAGUAAAGGAGAUCAUACUAAAAAUAAACAAAUUAAAGAAUCAAGCAAAAAUAAAGCGUUAACUCUUCACCAACUAUCACAGAGAUUAUCCACAGAACCAACACUUCCUCAAGAUUUUACAGACGGACCGUUCAGAAAAUACACACUCUUCGACAUGGCUGACGCUGUUGCCCUUAGACAUGGUCCUAAUGCAGAACCGGUUCCGAUGUCAGCUGUUCACAAACCUAAAUCAGCUGUUAACACAAAAAUGGACGACAGUCUUUACCUUGACCAGUAUGAUACAGCAACAGAAGAGUACUUAUAUGAUGAUAAUAUAAUCCAAAGUUCGUCCAGCAUCCCAAUUCUUGUUUCACCAGAUAAAAAGGAAAAAUCCCUAAAACGAGAAGUUGUCAAGAAUGACCUAGAAAAAACAGAGACAAAUAAGAAAACUGAAAGUAGUAAAAUGGAUGAAGAAACGAAAGAAAAGAAAGAAAAAAUGAGAAAAAAUCAAGAUUUACUGGACAAACUUUUAGGUUUGGAGCCUUAUCAAGAAUUAGAAGAUGAAAUUGCAGAACUAGAUUUAACUCCCUCUCCUUCAAUGAUCUCUGACAAUCCGCUAAACAUUGAUUACUAUGAUUAUUAUGACGUGAUAAAUAAUACCCAGGACCUUCAGGAUUUAGAGUUCUUAUAUAACAUAACAUUCUUGGAGGAUUCACUCGAACGUCCGAAUGGUGAACAAUCAGCUGAAAAUUCAGCUUCUAUGAAAAAUCCGCUAAACCAAGUAUCCCUGCAGGAAAAACCGGUUUCUGUUAACGAUGAGAAGAGGGUUAGUUCCUCUCCAAGCCGGCUGCGUGGGUUAGAUAUGACUGAUGAAGAAAAUGUUUACCCAGAUAUAAGUAUGUUCCCAGACUCAAUAUUUAAGAAUAGAAGUGAGGGUAAACAGUAUAUUGACAAGAGAAAGAAGCUGGAACAUCAACUAGAGAUAAAACCCCCUCAGGACUCCCUGAAGGACUCCCUGAAGGACUCCCAGAAUACUCCUGGAGUAGUUGGAACAAGGGAGGACUCCAGGAUAACAUCAGGAGUUGGAGAAGAUGAUUAUGAUCUCAAAGGGCUAAACCUGGAUGGACUUAACAUUAAACAAGUGCUAGAGCUUACAGAUGCGAAUGUAAAUGGAGUUUUGAAGGAUAUUGUACCAGAACUGGAUUUAUCUAAUAUAGAUCUAAUUCUUAACUCUGGCCCCCUUCCUGAAAAUAUUGAGGAUGAUGAAAAGUUGGGUAUCACAGGUCAUCAUGUAAACCAUAGAACACACAGUAUACCGGAGUUUGCUAACAAGAUGAAGGACAAAAUGAAAAGUAUUUCAAAACUUCCAAAUCCAGGAUUUGAGCCGGAAAACGUUUUGAACUCAAACAUGGUUCCUAGGAAUGAAGAACAUAUUGGAAAAAGUUCUGUAAACCCUGAGAAAGGUUUAGAAAUCGAGAAUAUAAGAAAUAAUUAUUAUCCAAAUGAAUCAAGUGCAGAGCAGAGACAUGAAGAUGUUGAGAUGUCAAUCAAACAAGAAGCCCAUCAAACCACAAUCAAAGGGGUUCAUAAAACUAAUGAGAACUUGUCCCUCCUGCCUUUCCUGUACAACCUUAGCAGCAGCGGUGAGCAGCAGGAGAGCAGCAGCAGUAGUAGCAUCAGCACCAAUAUUAAGCAGCAGGAGAGCAUGGAGAUGUUAAUGCCAGAUAUUAUUGAACUAGUAUCUGAGAAUAUAGAUGUAGAAGGGGAUGAUAAUCCUGUUGGUAUGCUUGCCAGACCUAUUCAGGCCGGUGAUGAUGACGAAGAUGAUUAUGGUGAGGAAAAUGAAGAUAACAAUGCUGAGGAAAAGGAUGCAGAAGAUCUGGAACAAGUUCUAAAAACUCUAUCAUCAGAGAGUUCUGAGAAAUAUUUUGAAAAGAGGGAAGAGGAAGGACUAGAGGAUGCACAAGCAAUAAAUCCAGAGAAAUUAGCCUAUAUACUGAUUGGGGUUUGCUGUGGUCUAUCCAUACUUUGUCUUGUGGUGGUAGCAGUAUCUAUAGGAUAUAAGUCUGAGACCCACUAUAGACUGGAGCAACCUAAGGGCCGGCAUAUACAUCUCCUAAAAGCUACAAGCUCGGAUGAAGAAUCAGGUGGAUGUGGAAGUAGUUGUUCACUGAGUUCAGAUGAGAACUGGGAGGGAACAACAAGAUCUAAGAAAAAGAAAAAUCAAACUAAUCCCAAAAAAGCUGCCAAUAGUGAAAUAGUCGUAGCAGCAGAUGAACCAAAUGUAGCUGCUGCAGCUGGAGCUGCAGGACUAGCAGGAGCUGCUGGAGAACUAGCCGUAGCUGCAGGACUUGUGGAAGCAUCUGUUGGAACCAGCUGGGGUCAAAACCUUCUAUUCAAAGCUGCUACUGUGGAUAGAAGGGCGGUGGAGAAGAGGAAAGGAGGAACUACAAAGGAAAGAAUAAAAGGAAAAGUUCCAAAGGAAGGAAUGGGAAGGGAAAUGGCUGUCAACAAGACUGGAGGAUAUCUAGAUGAUGAUAAUUAUCGUGUAGAAGCCACCUCGGAUAUAUCUAAAGGAAUUGUGAAAUCAAGUUUACAGGAAGCUCAGGAGGAUUCAGAUAUUUACUGGUCUGAUAAUCCAGAUAGAUUAAUCUAGAAAUAUCCAGAUAGAUUAAUCUAGAAAUAUAUCCAGACAGAUUAAUCUAGAAAUAUCCAGAUAGAUUAAUCUAGAAAUAUCCAGAUAGAUUAAUUUAGAAAUAUCCAGAUAUAUCAAUCUAGACUUAUUUAGAUAUAUUAAUCUAGAAAUAUAUCCGGAUAGAUUAAUCUAGAAAUAUCCAGAUGCAUUAAUUUAGAAAUAUAUCCAGAUACAUUACUCUGGAAAUAUCCAGAUAGAUCAAUCUAGAAAUAUCCAGAUGCAUUAAUCUAGAAAUGUAUCCAGAUACAUUAAUCUUGAAAUAUCCAGAUAGAAACCAUCUAGAAAUAUCUAGAAAUAUUAAUUUAGAAAAAACAUAUUAUUAUUAAUUCUUGAAAUAUAGAUUACUUUUAUUGUUA